AACACACGUCACGAGCUUCUGCGUCUCUCAAACAAACAAAUCACGCGCGUUCCUCUCUCCGCUCUACGGACGUGAAGUUGUAGGCAAUUUACUUUUCCAAACAACGAAGCAGUUUUAAUGAACAGAGGCCGGUUUCUCAGUAUAUUUUAAAACUAUGUGAGUUUCCUUUACAUUGAUGCUUGAACGUGUGCUCGCGCUUCUAAAUCUUCACCAGUUAAUAAAUGAAACUGAACUAGCAACUGAUCCUCAAACCAGCCUGUGACUCAUUAACAUCAUAGUAACGAUGGCAAAAAGAAGAAAUGUCUCCAAAAUAGUGGUGGCAUGCGAGUGGGCAUCAUGUACUUUCAAGAGUCCAAGCAUGGAGGAGUUGAGUGAUCAUAUGUCUCUACAUCUCAAAGAGCAUCUUGGGGAAGGAGAUGCAAUGGAGGAACUGGAGGAUUAUCCGUGUCUAUGGAGGGGCUGUGAGUUCCUGGCGAUGGGAAGCCAAAGUGAGCUGAUCGCUCAUGCCCAUUUCCACAUCUUCCACAGCAAGCUGAAAUACAUUGGGACUCAGCUUCUCGAAUCCCACCCCGAACUGCCUAGUUGCACUCAGGACCUUCACAGCAGCAGCCUAGUCCCGGAUGUUUCUGAGGGAUUCGUCUGUCAGUGGCAGCACUGUGAUAGCUCCUUUAAUAACCCUGAGUGGUUCUACCGUCAUGUUGACAUGCAUGCACACUGCACUGAGCUCCAGCCCCUUCCUGAUCGACAGCAGGCUCUCUUCUGCAGCUGGUCAGGCUGCGAUGCUUUCUUUAAAAUCAAGUACCGCCUACGUGAGCAUCUGCGCAGUCACACACAGGAGCGGCUGGUCGCUUGCCCCACCUGCGGCUGUAUGUUCUCCAGCAAUACCAAGUUUUUCGACCAUAUCCAGAGACAAGCAGAACCAGAAGAUUCUCUUACAUGUGGACAUUGUGACAAAGCUUUUGCCAACGAGAGGCUUCUGAGAGACCAUGUUCGUCAGCAUGUGAAUCAUAUCAAAUGUCCUCUCUGUGACAUGACCUGCACGUCUCUUUCCACCCUAAAGAUCCACAUCAAAUUCCGUCACUGCGAUGAGAGGCCCUUCCCAUGUGACUUCUGUGAGAGCAGCUUCAAGAACCAGCAUGAUCUGCGGAGACACAUGGAAACACACAAUGAGGGAGCAGCGUACCGCUGCACAGUAGAGGGCUGUGGAUACUCUUCACGCAUGGCACACACCAUGAGCCAGCACUACAGACGAGUACAUGAGGACAACAUGGUUCCGAGGUAUAAGUGUCACCUUUGUGACAAGACCUUCUCUUGGUGUUACACUCUCACCCUCCACCUUCGAAAGAAGCAUCAACUCAAAUGGCCAUCUGGACACUCCCGUUUUAGGUACAAGAAGGACGAGGAUGGGUAUCUGCGGCUCAACAUGGUGCGUUAUGAAACUGUAGAGGUUACAGAAGAGUUGAUCAAAAACAUGGCUGAAAAACGCACCCCUCGUAAGGUCUCUGGUACAACCAAUCACUCCAAGGAGCCCAUAGUGCAUCCCGACAGUGGGAAUAGCACUCCCCAACACUCUUCCUCACCCUCGUCUCCUUCCUCAUCUUCCUCAACCUCAGAGCUCCUGGAGUGUACCGACGGCAGUGGAUUAAAAGGUGAUGAAACAUCUGUGUAUUGUGUGUUGAACACUGUGACUGAAGUCAGUGGGGAUCCAGAGGAAGAGGCCCUGCCCGGUGGGCCAUCAGGGGCCGUUAGAGCUCUGACUGCAGUGGCUAGAGGUCUAGGUAUGGAUGUGGUAUAAUCUCAUACCUAUCAAAUGCAGUUUCAUCAGAGAUAAUCUGUGUAGGAAUACACAACCUGUUUAACCUCAGUAGAUUAAGCAUUUUAAAUUUGAUCUAUGUUAUUAUAAACUAAAAUGCAAAGUUUAGAGGAUGAUGUAUGGCAUCAUCAUCUUUUUUUAAUUUAUUUCUAGCAUUUUGCUAGUGUUUUAUUUUAGCUUUUUACAUGAUCUCAGGUGUCUAAUACAUAUCUGUAAAAUGUUCUUUCUGAAAGCUCUAUGUAGCACACUUAUUUUUUAGUGUUUUACAAAAUUUUUACCUUUUGAUAUUUCUAGCUCUGUUUUAAAAUAUUGUAAUUUGCUUGUAUUUUUUAUUAUUAUCAAGAACAAUAUGAGUUUUUUUUACAUAAAUAGCUAACAUAUAAUUAAUUUGUGUUGAUAUUUGUUAAAUAAUUUGUAUAUUGUGCUGUAUUGUUCCAUUGUUUCCUUGCUAUUCUUGUAAAUAGUUGUGUAUUUUUAUAUAUUUUUUUAAUCCCUUUAAUUUCAAAUAUAUCAUUAACAUUCAAAAA